AUGACAAUAAUUGGAGAUUAUAUCAAAUUUGAAGAUUUAUUUAAUAGGAAAACAUUUAUUAAUAAACCACCAUUAAGUGCUUUCACUAAAGGUAAGAAUGAGAUAAAUCUGUCAAAGAGGAUUUAUAAUAAUUGUAUGCCAAUUCAAACUAACAAAUUCUAUUCUAAUUUAUUAAUUAAUGAUCAACAGAAUCCAGUUUGGGUUUAUCCAUAUUCAAUUAAUUAUCAUAAAUUAGAGAACGAUAAUGAUUUUUUUGGAUUAGGUAUAAAUUGUAAUUAUAGUUCAAAUGACAAUAAAAAAUCCAAUUCAAAUAAGUUUAUUAAUAAAAAUUGUGUCACAAUUCAAAAUACUGAUAUUAAACCAUUUAUAUUUAGUUCGAUUGAUUUCCAUACCAAAAAUGAAAUGUUUAUGACAUUAUCAAAUAUGAAACAAAUGUCAUUACAGAUUUAUUUAAAGAAAAAUCAAUCUCAGUUUAUUUGGUUUCCAGUGGUUCAAGGUAUGGGAAUGAUUACUGCAGUUUAUUAUAAUUUAAUACCAAAAUUACAAAGUGAAAUUGGUUUCAAAUCAAUUAAACAAAUACCAAUUUAUUUUAAUUCACAUUUAAGUUCUACUAAUAAAAAAAAAUUAAUCAAAAAAUAUUCAAUUGUUUUGCAAGAUAAUUCCAAAUGGUUAUUAUAUACAACAGAAAGAUAUUUGGUUAAUUCACCAGAGAAUGUAAUUAAUUGUUUAAGAAUUAAAGAUUAUCAUACAAUAGUUGGAAACCUUUAUUCAAAAGGAACAAUAUUCCAAUUAAUUCCAGAUAUUUUCACAAAUUUAAAAGAUGUUGAAGAAGUCGAUUAUUCGAUUGGUUGCUACCCAAUUGAUUGUGUUUUAAAGUUUUCAAAUAACGAUGAUUAUAAGGAUGACAAUGAUUAUAUUACCACUGAAAAAAAUAAUGAUAUAAAUUCCAAAUGUGUAAAUAAUAUUAGUGACGCUAAACAAAAUGAAAGCUACCUAAUGUACGAUUAUCAAUUAGGUGGUCACAAUAAUAGCGAAAUACCAUUAAUUUUCAUACUACCUCAUCAUCAAAAGUUAAUUGAUCAUAACUCAAUGUCAAAAUUCAAAAUUAAUUCAUUUGUCAAUUCACCUGUCUUAGGUUCAAUGAUUGGUUAUCUAUCCAGUAAAAUUAUAUUGAAAUUAACUUUACCAAAAGAAAAUCCAUUUGAAUCUCAACUUGGAGGUUAUUUUAAUCUACAGUCUAAUAUCAAGGGAUCUAGUCAAAAACUGUUAACUGAAACAAUAAAUGAAGUUAAAGAAAUUGCAAAUGAAGAGGCAAUUACUUUAAUUGAAACUUUUAAAGAUAUCGGAACCAUGAAAGAUAUAAGAGAAAUUGGGAAACAAUUUUACAAAUAUUCCUGGUUCCUAUAUUGUUCUUAUUUUAUUUUAAAUGACAUUGAGUUAACAAUAAAAUUAUUACCAUUAAUUAAAGAUGUUUUUAAUAAAUUCAUUAAUGAUACCCUAUUUAAUGACAUUUUACAAUACGAUACCAAAUGUGGAGGAUUAAUAACAUCUUCACAAUAUACAGAUAAUUAUUAUUAUAAUGAACAUAAUUAUGAUUAUAGUUAUUUUAUUAUAUCAUCAGCAAUUAUUGGUAAGAUAGAAUUGCUUUUAUUAAAUGAUACUAAAGUGAACAACAAUGAUCUUGUAAAAGACUAUUUUAAUAAUACAGCUUAUUUAUGGUUAGAUAAUAAAGUGGUAGUUGAAUGGUGUGAGAAUUUAAUUAGAGAUUAUAAUAAUCCUUCUGAUACAGAUGAAUAUUAUCCAAGUUUUAGAACGUUUGAUUGGUACCAUGGCCAUUCAUGGUCUAUUGGAUUGAUUGAAGGAAUGAAUGGUAAGGAAUAUUAUUCAAGUGGUGAAGAUUUAAAUUCAUUAUAUGCAGUCAAUUUAUGGGGUUUAGUUACAGAAAAUAAAAAUUUAAUUAACAUUAGUAGAGUACAAUUAUCGUUGUUGAAAUGUUCCAUUAAUAGUUAUGUACAGUAUUACGACAUUGAACAAGAUAAAAUUCAACGUUAUUAUAACAAAGAUAAUAUUGAAAGUAUCCCAAGGUUAUUUGCAAGUAACCAAGUAUGUGGAAUGUUAUCAGAUAAUAAACUUUUAUAUAAGAAGCUGAAAGGUUUAGAGAUAUCAAGCCAAAGUAAAAUACAUUUACAACAUAUACUACCAAUAAAUCCAUUAACGAAUUGGGUCAGAAAUAAUGAAUUCAUUGAGAAUGAAUAUAAUACAGUAAUAAAAGAAUUAGUAAGUUCGUUAUCAAAAAUUGAUAAAAGAGAAUUACAUGGUUACCAAUAUUCAAUGAACAAAACAUUCAAGACUUCAUUUAUGAUAAAUAUUUCAUCUAUAAGAUCAAAGGAAGCAUUUCAAUAUCUUUUAAAAACUAUGCCGAAAAUUAAUGAACUAGAUAAAUCACAAUCAUUAACAUGGGCAUUAUUAUAUGCAAUGUCAUUUCGUGAUGCUGAUUCUGAACUUAAUAUUCAUCACGAUUGA